CUCAGUUGAGCAGGAGCACCGCACUGAGUCACAUCGAUAUAUACACACACAUACACGCGCACACACACACGCACACAAGCACAGCCUCCUGCGGUAUCCCGUGCGGCGCAGCGGCUUUUCCGACGGCAUACCAAGUGCGUCCUCACCGGGGGAUUGGGAGGUGCAGCUCCCCGUGUUUCAGAGCGCUCAGAGCGGCGUAGUAGAGUCCUGCUGAUCGGGGAUGCUGCUGGAAGUCUGCUGCUAUUUCUUUUUCCCGUGCAGGAAUCGCCUUCUAACUACACCUCUACCGGGGAUUUAAAGUGGACAAGCCGUUUGAGCAGGAUAUAACAUUAUUCUAAGCAUUUCUCAUUUUUUUGGGGGGAGUAAAAGGAGUUGGGGAUUGCUCUGGACGUGCCUCUUAUCCGCAGUGUCGAUGCGGCUGUGAAGUGAUAUCUGCAUAGAUUACAGGCACAUAAUGUCCUCCAUCUCAAGAGAGGCUUGAUCCUGAUUGGCAAACAGUACUGGACUGUGCCUCCUUCCCUCUCCUCACCACUGCCAGCCUCAGCACAGCCAUGGCGUCCCUCAUGAGGACACGGACCUGCUUUUUUGUGUGCUGCUUCCUGUCUAGUCUGGCGCUUUCUGUGACAUCACAGACAGUGGUGCAAGCCCCACAGGCCCACAGUGCUGGUUCCCAGGUGAUCACAGCGUCCCUUCAGGAGGAGGAGUAUGCGUCGUUUCACGCUGAGAACCCAGAGUGGACAUUCAACCAUCUUGCGGUGGACUUUCGCAAUGGCAAUGUUUAUUUGGGAGCCGUCAAUCGCAUAUACAAACUGUCCCCGGGCUUGGAGGUUCAGGUGUCCCACGAGACUGGCCCAGAUGAAGACAACCGCAAGUGCUACCCACCACGUAUUGUCCAGCCCUGUAGUGAGCCACUGACACUCACCAACAAUGUCAACAAGAUGCUUCUGAUGGACUAUCGGGAGAACCGGCUGCUGGCAUGUGGCAGCCUCUACCAGGGCAUCUGCAAACUCCUUCGCCUAGAUGACCUCUUCAAACUCGGAGAGCCCUUCCACAAGAAAGAGCAUUACCUCUCUGGUGUCAAUGAGAGUGGCUCUGUGUUUGGUGUCAUUGUAUCAUAUGGCAAUGCCUCUCCAGACAUGCUGUUUAUAGCCACAGCCGUGGAUGGCAAGCCCGAGUACUUCCCUACCAUCUCUAGCCGCAAGUUGGCCAGAAACUCUGAGGAGGAUGGCAUGUUUGCCUAUGUCUUCCACGAUGAGUUUGUGGCCUCUAUGAUUAAGAUCCCUUCGGACACCUUCACUGUCAUCCCAGACUUUGACAUAUACUACAUUUAUGGCUUUGCCAGUGGGAACUUUGUGUACUUCCUGACUUUGCAGCCUGAAAUGGGGGGCGGACCAACCACUGGGUCCUCCUCUGCUGGCCGGGAACAGGUCUACACUUCCAAGAUAGUCCGCCUUUGCAAGGCAGACACUGCCUUUAAUUCCUACGUGGAGGUGCCUAUCGGAUGCAUUAGUGGCAACGUGGAGUAUCGAUUACUCGAGGCGGCCUAUCUGUCCAAAGCUGGUGCUAUCCUGGCACGCUCACUAGAUGUGGCACCGGAUGACGAUGUACUGUUCGCUGUCUUCUCCAAAGGCCAAAAGAGGCGUCCACGCCAGGCCUCGCAGGACUCUGCACUGUGCGUCUUCUCUCUGCGGAAGAUCAACGAGAAAAUCAAGGAGAGGUUGCAGUCGUGCUACAAGGGUGAGGGCACACUGGACCUGGCCUGGCUCAAAGUCAAAGAUAUUCCCUGCAGCAGUGCGCUCUUGACCAUUGACGACGACUUCUGUGGCCUCGACAUGAAUGCGCCGUUGGGCGUGUCUGAGAUGGUGCGUGGCAAGCCUCUCUUCUCCGACGCUGUUGACAAAAUGACCUCUGUCAUUGCCUACGUCUACAAGAACCACUCGCUGGUCUUCGUAGGCACAAAAAGCGGACGAGUUAAGAAGAUCCGGGUAGACGGCUCCUCUCGUGCUCUGCAGUAUGAGACGGUGCAGGCAGUGGAGAAUGGACCCAUCCUCAGAGACAUGGCUUUCUCUUCUGACCACCACUACCUCUAUGUCAUGUCUGAGACCCAGGUGCACCAGAAAGGAGAAAUGCGAGCGCUCAUCAGAGCCCCGUCGCUUUGCAUCAGACAUCAAGCAGUGUGUGCGUCUCAGUGUCCACCCAAACAACAUCUCAGUGUCCCAGUUUAGUGUCACGUUGGUGUUGGAGGCCCAUAAUGUCCCAGAACUUUCUGCGGGUGUCAACUGCACCUUUGAGGACCUGGCUGAGAUGAAUGGCUUGGUGGAGGGAAAUCGAAUCAAGUGCUCCUCCCCCGCUGAGAAAGAGAUGCCACGCAUUAUUGUUGACAAAGGUGACCACCAGAUUGUGCAGCUCUAUCUGAAGUCCAAGGAGACAGGCCUGGCAUUCGCAAAUACCAGCUUUGUUUUCUACAACUGUAGUGUGCACAAGUCAUGUCUCUCAUGUGUGAGCAGUCCUUACCAGUGCCACUGGUGUAAGUACAGGCAUGACUGUACCCACGACCCUCGCACAUGUUCCUUCCAGGAGGGCCGAGUCAAGAAGCCUGAGGGGUGUCCCCAGUUGCUGCCCGCAGAUAGGAUCCUUGUGCCAGUCAAUGUGGUAAAGCCGAUCACCCUUCGGGCAAAGAACGGAGCAAGAACCUCCCCAAGCCCCAGUCAUGGACAGAGGGGGUAUGAAUGUCUGCUGACUCAGGGAUUGAGCACAAGAGUUCCUGCCCUGCGCUUCAACAGCUCCUCAGUGAGUGGUCAAAACACAUCGUAUUUCUAUGAUGGGAUGGAGAUGAGCAGUCUUCCCGUGGAGCUGACCGUCAUCUGGAACGGAGAUUUCAGCAUCGACAACCCCGCCCACAACAAAGUCCAUCUGUACAAGUGCGACGCCCAGCGUGGAAGCUGCGGUUUGUGUCUGAAGGCAGACCCGCUGUUUGGGUGUGUUUGGUGUAAAGGAGAGAACCGCUGCACCCUCAAACAACACUGCCCCCACCCUGAGAACCAGUGGCUGGAGCACAACGGCAUCAACAGCAAGUGCACCCACCCACGGAUCACACAGAUAACCCCUCUACGAGGUCCCAGGGAGGGCGGCACACUUGUGACUAUCCGUGGUGAGAAUCUGGGACUGGAGUUCAGAGAGAUUCAGGAUAACGUGAAAGUGGCUGAAGUGGAUUGCACCCCCAUACGCGAGGGCUACAUCCCUGCUGAACAGAUUGUGUGUGAGAUGGGUAAAGCAGAGAAGAGCCAGUAUACUGGGAACGUGCAGGUCUGUGUCGGGGUUGGAGAAUGCAGACCAGAAUUCAUGGCAAAGUCCUCCAAGUACUACUAUUUUGUGAUCCCAAGGAUUAUCAACCUCAAGCCCAGCCGUGGGCCAGUCUCUGGGGGAACCAUUGUCAACAUCACUGGCAGCCACCUUGAUGCUGGGAGCAAUGUGUCAGUCAUGUUUAAAGACCAGCCAUGCACUUAUCUGAGGAGGGGUGGGCAGUGGCUCACUUGCAGAACUCAUGCUUCCUUGCAUGGCUAUGGAAACGUGUCUGUGUCUGUGAGCAUAGACAAGGCUCAUCUCCAGAAAGACCUGCGGUUUGAGUAUGUGGAAGAUCCCACCAUCACCAAGAUAGAGCCUGAGUGGAGCAUCUACAGUGGAUAUACCCCAGUGACAGUGACAGGAACUAACCUGGACAUCAUACAGACCCCACUCAUCAGAGCCAAAUAUAACAACCAUGAGACACUCAAUUUGUGCCAGGUGUUGAGCCCGACAUCCAUGCUGUGCCAAGCCCCAGAGCUGUCAAUCAGUCUGGCCAGGCAGCAAGAGGUGCCUGAAAGACCUGAUGAGUUUGGCUUUAAACUGGAUGAUGUGCAGGCUCUGAUGGCACUCAACAACACCAAUUUUAUUUACUACCCAAAUCCUGAGUUUGAACCACUCAGUGUGUCUGGGGUGCUGGAGCUCAAACCCGGAUCACCCAUUAUACUGAAGGGGCGGAACUUCCUUCCACCGACCAAUAGUGGUAAUGGAAAGCUGAACUACACAGUUCUAAUUGGUGAGAAGCCCUGCAUGUUAACAGUGUCAGAGACCCAACUGCUCUGUGAGUCACCCAACCUGACGGGACGACACAAGGUCCUGGCACGUGUGGGUGGUAUCGAGUUUUCCCCGGGUGUGGUACACAUCACGUCGGACAGCCCACUCAGCAGCACGGCAAUCAUUGGCAUUGCUGCAGCUGGUGCCUUGCUCAUCCUUUUCAUCGUGGUGGUACUCAUUGCUUACAAGCGCAAAUCUCGUGAGAGUGACCUGACCUUGAAGAGGCUGCAGAUGCAAAUGGACAACCUUGAGUCACGUGUGGCUCUGGAGUGCAAAGAGGACGGAUAUCCACGAGCUGACCAGUGAUCUGGAUGGAGCAGGAAUCCCCUUCCUAGACUACAGAACCUACACCAUGAGGGUCCUCUUCCCAGGCAUUGAGGAACAUCCUGUACUCAGAGAUCUGGAGGUGCCAGGCUACCGCCAGGAGCAAGUGGAGAAGGGGCUGAAGCUUUUCGGCCAGCUCAUUAACAACAAGGUCUACCUGCUGUGUUUCAUUCGCACUCUGGAGGCCCAGCGUGGUUUCUCCAUGAGAGACCGUGGCAACGUGGCCUCCCUGAUCAUGACAGUGCUGCAGAGCAAGUUGGAGUAUGCCACUGAUGUUCUAAAGCACCUGCUGUCUGACCUCAUAGACCGGAACCUUGAGAGCAAGAACCACCCCAAGCUUCUGCUCCGCAGGACUGAGUCUGUUGCAGAGAAAAUGCUGACCAACUGGUUUACGUUCCUUCUUUACAAGUUUCUGAAGGAGUGUGCCGGCGAACCUCUCUUUUCCCUCUUCUGUGCCAUCAAGCAGCAGAUGGAGAAAGGCCCCAUUGACUCUAUCACAGGAGAGGCACGCUACUCGCUCAGUGAGGACAAGCUCAUCAGACAGCAGAUUGACUACAAGACGCUGGUGGUGAACUGCAUCCAUCCAGAGAAUGAGAAAAGCCCAGAGAUCCAGGUGAAGGUGCUGAACUGUGAUACCAUCAGCCAAGUGAAGGAGAAGAUCCUGGAUGCCAUCUACAAGAACGUCCCACACUCUCACCGCCUAAAAGCCUCCGACAUGGACCUGGAGUGGCGUCAGGGUCGAGGACAGCGAAUGAUCCUGCAGGAUGAGGACGUCACCACUAAGAUCGAAGGUGACUGGAAGAGACUGAACAUGCUGUUCCAUUAUCAGGUACCUGAUAAUGCAGUAAUGGCCUUGGUUCCCAAGCAAGUUACAGCCUACAAUUCUGUAAACAACUCCACUGUGUCUCGAACUUCUGCAAGUAAAUAUGAGAACAUGAUCAAGUACACUGGAAGCCCCGACAGCCUGCGUUCCCGCACUCCUAUGAUCACACCUGACCUGGAGAGCGGGGUCAAGGUUUGGCACCUGGUGAAGAACCAUGAGCACGGAGACCAGAAGGAGGGUGACCGCGGCAGCAAGAUGGUCUCUGAGAUCUACCUGACACGACUUCUGGCUACCAAGGGUACGUUACAGAAGUUUGUGGAUGACCUGUUUGAGACCAUUUUCAGCACGGCCCAUCGAGGCAGUGCCCUGCCACUGGCCAUCAAAUACAUGUUUGACUUCCUGGACGAGCAGGCCGACAAACACAACAUCCAUGACCCGCAUGUCCGACACACAUGGAAGAGCAACUGCCUACCUCUGCGUUUCUGGGUGAAUGUGAUCAAGAACCCCCAGUUUGUGUUUGACAUACAUAAGAGCAGCAUCACAGAUGCCUGUCUGUCUGUGGUGGCCCAGACCUUCAUGGACUCCUGCUCCACCUCAGAACACCGCCUUGGGAAGGACUCACCCUCCAACAAGCUGCUUUAUGCCAAGGACAUUCCCAGCUACAAGAGCUGGGUGGAGAGGUACUACUCAGACAUUAAUAAGAUGCCAGCGAUCAGUGACCAGGACAUGAACGCCUACUUGGCAGAACAGUCACGGAUGCACAUGAACGAGUUCAACAGCAUGAGCUCUCUCAGUGAGAUUUACUCCUAUGUGGGAAAAUAUACUGAGGAGAUUGUGUGCGCACUGGAGCAGGACGAUGCAGCCAGGAAACAGAGGCUGGCUUUCAAGCUGGAGCAGGUGGUGGCCUUCAUGAGUCUGGAGAGCUGAGGACCGCACUUCCCAGGGCGCACUGGGAAGAGACCCCAUCAGAAACCGAGCCGUGCCUGAGCGAAGACCUGUCCCCAUCUUUUUCAUCAUGUGACUUCCUCCCUCCGCCUUUCAAAGAUGACUUCUUCCUUGACCUUUCUUCUGCUUCCUCUUCCCCAAGAAAUAUUUUGUUUUCCUCAUCCACUCUGCUGCAUAGACUAGUUUACCUGAAUAUAUCUGAAGGGUGGUUCGGGGUUGAGGUUGGCGUCUCCCACAGUGCAAUGCGGGGGAUCCCUCAGCUUCACCACAGGGAGAGCUUCAAGGGGUGAUUGCUUGAAAGCUGGCCAUAUUGGCAUACUUCAGUCCCCCUGCUGGAAGAAAAGAGGGGAAAAAAAACAUUUUUAUGUUGCCUUCAAGAAUUUACACUGAUAGGUAAUUCUUUAAAAACCCCAAUGUUGGGUGUCCAUUUUGUUGAGAACUUUUUUCAAAAAUAGGAUAGAAAAUAAAACCAUCUCUAGAGUCCAGUUUAUUGUAGUUCUAUAUUCAAUAUACGGAAUCAAGAGGAAACAUCAAACCUGAUGACUGCAAGCCAAAUGAACACCUUUGAAGAAAAUUAAUGCAAGGAUGGUUUGCCAAGUUUACACUGUACCUACAAACGAAGCAUACAUAUCUGCGAAAUUUGGGGCGAGUCCAGGCAAACCUAGAAUGUUCUUGUGUUCUUUCAAUGUAGCUGGAGUUGUAUUUAAGAAAAAGACUGAUGGGGGUAGGGAAGGAUUAGUGCUUCUCUGAACUUCUCCUUUAUUGAAAUGUGACUGACACUAAACUUUACAAACCAGAGCAUCCCUAAUCUAUACCCCUUUGCAACAUUCGCACAUUUCCCCCUGCCCAGCAUACAUUUACUCAAAAGAAAAUGCUCAUGAUUUCUGCUUCCAUCUGGCUUAUGUGGCUACUGCAAAAUUAACCUAUUAGACAACCCGGAGGCCCCGACCCAAGUUGGAUCCUCUGUAAGAAGCACACAACCAACUCUGGAAGACAGUGUUUUGACUGCUAAUCCAAACACCAGUAGCAGUCUUUGUCUGGCUCAUGCCACUUCCAACCUUGUGCCGCCACUGCGACGGUCUAUCAAAGCACACACAUGCACAGAUACACACACAAUCAGCAGCUGCCCAAGAUCCUGACUGCCCAGAAAUCUACGCCAACCCUGGAGGGGGUAAAGGGAAGAGCUGACUGAAAUAUAAUGGGUAAGAAACUGCUUGAUCAUUAAAAAUAAGAAGAAUGAUUUAAUACAGCCAGAGAUGGCUGACUGCUCCCUACAGGAGCUCUGUUGUGAGGGUAGCACUUCUUUCCCAGGAUGUUCUUAUUUAAAGACUUUUGUGUGGAGAAAUCAAACAAGAUGGACUUAGUCGGUCAGCCAAAAAACCAAAGGAGCUUGAAAUUUUCAAAACGGUCAAAAAUGUAUUUGUAAAGUGCCACUGAGGAACUGACAAAAGGACUAUGUAAAAGACAACCACUUCUGGGACAAAAAAUAUUGUGACUGGAACUUUAAGAAACCUGUGUGAUUUUUCUGACCUCAGUGUGUCGAGGUGAGAGGCUCUGUGGGCGAGGUGAUCUGAUCCUCCUUUCUCUUUCCAUCGUCCCAGGUCUCUCCAGCUCUCGGCACACCGUUCACCCUUGUGUCCGGCUCCUGACUUACCAGUUUUCUUUUCUGUUUUGCACAAGCGUUGGAGAUGGUAGCUAGUUGCAUACGGCAAAACCCCAACUCUUGAGUGUGUAACUGUUGAGGCGCUCUUGUCUGUAUUAGUGUAGUUGUCCUCAGUGGCGGCAGGGGGCAGCCUUCUCCAAGCCUCAAAAAAAGAUACAAAAAAAAAGAAAAAAUCUGAUAAAGCAGAGCAGGAACAGAACAAGAAGUGAACAUCACGGCAGGAUAAAUAGAAAAUGAUAGACAUUAAAAGUAUAUAAGACUUGUUGGAGAGAGCGAUUGAAAGAGAGAUGAUGGAGGCGCCCUCCGUACCUUUUGACCUCUGCCCUUUCUUUUGCCUUGACAACGUGCCCCAUGUGGUGAUGUGAAUGUGUGAAGACCGCCCUAGGUCCACCUUGGGUCCUUUAUUGGCUUUUUAAGCGCAUGUAAAACGUAAACAAUUUAAGAAACUUAUUUAAAAAAAA